UAAAAGACAAUCGAAAUUUUGAUAUAAAUAAAAUUUGUAGAGCAUGUUUAUCUGAAAAAGAUGAAAUGCGUUCAGUUUUUUUAACACAUGAAGAUGUUAACCAGCAACAUAGUUUACGUUCAUUAGCUGAAAUGCUUAUGGGAUUUACGACAGUUCAAAUUGCAGCUGGCGAUGGCUUACCAGAAUUAAUAUGUAUCCAGUGUGUAGACCAAGUAACUCGUGUGUUCACAUUUAAACAGCUAUGUGAACGAUCUGAAGCGACAUUACGUCAUUAUUUAGGCAAACCCAUUUUAAUUACACAACAGCAAGAUAUUCGGCAAAUUAAUCAACAAACUCAACUUCAAUCACAGCAACAUCAACAACAAAGUAACAGUGGAUGUAAAUCUGAAAUGGUUCCUUUUAAAGUUGAAGAUAACGAAGUACAAACAAAUGAUUACGAAAGUUUAGUACAAAUGUCGAUGAUCGAUAGUUUUGGUUUGGACGAUGACGAUUUGGACGAAGAGGAAGAUGAAUUGGAUAUAAAAACAGAAAUUUUAUUAAAUGGAACACAUAUAUCCUCAGAAUUGGAAGGUACCGACGAAAAAUCAAUUGCUCAACGACAAUUAAUACGUAUUGGACAAAUCCAUAAAAAUCGUGUAAAUGCAAAGAAAAAAUUAUUAGCCGGUAAAUUAUCAAAAAAACAAGCGAAAAAAUUAAUAAAAAAGAAACCAAAAAAUGUGUGCGAUGUAUGUAAAAAAACAUUUAUCAAUUUACAAUCAUUUCGUAAACAUUUACGUACACAUAUCGAAGAUCGGCCAUUUAAAUGUAAAAUAUGCCCACGUGGCUUUACCGAAGAGAAUUAUUUAAAUAAUCAUAUGCGUACACAUUUACCAGAAGAUCAAAAACCACAUGAGUGUCAUGUAUGCCAAAAACGUUUUAUCCAUAUGACUCUGUUAACAAAACAUUUGGUUAAACAUUCGGGAGAAAAACCGUUUGUCUGCAAAAUUUGUAAUAAAGGUUGUUACGCAGAAAAUAGUUUACUCAAGCAUAUGAAAAUUCAUGAGAAGAAAGACGGUGAAACGUUGAAACAUGUAUGCGAUUAUUGUAAACGUGAAUUUCCCGAUGCGAAUUCAUUAGCUGUACAUAUUAAACAACAUUCAGGAGAUAGGCCGUUUUUAUGUACUUCUUGUGGUAAAUGUUUCCCACAACGUUUUAAUUUAGAAUUACAUUUACGUACGCAUACCGGAGAGCGACCAUUUUCCUGUGAAAUUUGUAAGAAUGGUUAUGUAUCAAAAGCUAGUUUAAAAAUUCAUAUGCGCACGCAUACAAAUGAAAGACCGUUUGCGUGUAAUUUCUGUGGUAAAGCAUUUCGACAAUCUGGCGAUUUAACUAGUCAUAAACGAUUACAUGGAACUGAGAAACCAAUUGAAUGUAAUGUUUGUCUGAAAAGAUUUACAACAGUAAUGAAAUUAAAAUAUCAUAUGCGAAAUCACACUGGAGAACGUCCUUAUGUAUGUAAUAUAUGUAAUCGAGGUUUUACUGUAAACACAAUAUUAUUAAGGCAUAUGCGUGUACAUUCUGGCGAACGGCCUUAUGUUUGUGUUACAUGUGGUAAAGCAUUUUCACAAUCUAGUACAUUAAAUACACAUAUGAAGCUACAUUCAACAAUGCGAUCGCCUAAAUAUAAACCUCAACCAGAACCAACAAAAUAUGCAACAAUGCGUUCACCUAAAUAUGAGAAUCUAAUAGAACCAUCAAAAUAUCGUUUAGUAACUCUACCGGAUGAAACUGAUAAAUAUUGCCAACAACAACAACAGCCACAUGAACAACAACAACAACCUCAGCAACAACUACAACAGCAACAACAACAGCAGCAGCAGCAACAACAGCAACAGCAACAGCAACAGCAACAACAUUAUCAUCAACAACCUGAUACAAGAUUAUUGACAAAUGAAACACGAUUAUUAAUUAGUGAACCUUUAAUAUUACCAAGUGAUAAUAAUAUUAUAAAUGGUGUGAUUACAACAACAACAACAACAUUAGCAGCAACACCACGAAUUGUUGGUGGGGGUAAUAUUUUAUUACAAGAUAGCAAUACAAGACAUUUACAUUUAGACCAUCAACAACAGCAACAACAACAACAACAACAACAACAACAACAACAUCAACGGCAACAGCAACAACAAUUAUCAGUUGAGAAUAGUACACGUUUAUUAGCUGAUAAAUAUCUAGUAAAUUAUGAUGCAUAUCAUCAUCGAGGACAUUUAUAAAAAUAUAUAUUUUUAAUU